GCUCACGUGUGUCGUUACACAGCGGUGUGCCCGGAGCCGCGCGUACAAACUUGAUUUGUUAACGUUGUGUGUUUGUUAGGGUCAAGAUUGUGUGUUUGUGAGGAUCAAGAUUGUGUGUUUGUUAGGAUCAAGAUUGUGUGUUUGUGAGGAUCGAGAUUGUGUGUUUGUUAGGAUCAAGAUUGUGUGUUUGUGAGGAUCGAGAUUGUGUGUUUGUGAGGAUCAAGAUUGUGUGUUUGUUAGGAUCAAGAUUGUGUGUUUGUGAGGAUCGAGAUUGUGUGUUUGUUAGGAUCACUCUUUACUCACAAACAUGAGUCCUGUGUGUGACUGUUGUAGUGAGAGCUUCACUGAACUAAAAGAGCAGGUUUCUGUAAUGAGGAAAGAAAUCAAGAACCUGAGGCACAUGUUGGACAGUGCAGUUCGAGCCAAUCGUAAACACAUGGUAUCCAUUCAGUCUGCUGUGUCAAAGAUUGGACCUGGCGAAGGAAAGAAAAACCAGACACCACCUUCACUGUUACCAUCAUCAUCAUCAUCAUCAUCAUCACAGUCAGCCUUAGAACACGGAAACAUCCAGACGGUCCCGAUCGGUUACAUCACUUCCUGUUUCUCAGUGAAAAAUGGGACGCCCAGGCAGCCCACCAUUUGUGGACCCUCACGAGGAGAACUGCGCAUCCAGCAGAGCGUCUUCACUAACCCACAGCAUGCUCUGGUGGGACUGGAGCAAUACUCGUAUGUUUGGAUCAUCUUUGUCUUUCACAAAAAUGGACACCUGAGCUCCAAAGCUAAAGUGAAGCCUCCGAGACUGAACGGGCAGAAAGUUGGUGUGUACUCCACACGCAGUCCACAUCGACCCAAUGCUUUGGGUUUGACUCUGGCUAAACUUGAUAGAAUUGUAGGUGACACGGUACAUCUGUUAGACAUCGACAUGAUUGAAGGAACCCCAGUACUUGACAUCAAACCCUACAUCCCUGAGUAUGACUCUCCUCAGACCAGGACUCGUGUGGACAUGGAGACAUAUGACCUAAAAACACACCAACCUACUGAAACUACAAUGGACGAGUCAAAGCUCUCAAACAUCCAUCAUUUUGACAACAUUGAGAUUCAGUUCUUAAAAGACAAAUCUGCAGGUGAGAUUCCUUCAGUUGAUUCACCCGGAGUCAGUGACCUGCACACUGUUCUGGAGGAGGUCAUGACUUAUGUGUCCCACCGUGACCUUUGCCAAAAUGAGGACCAAGUUUCCGGCUCUUCAUUAAGCAAACCCUCAGAGACAGCAGUGGACCGCCCCUGCUAUGGAGAGGAUGCCUACAGUAGCAUUGCUGCCUGGAUCAGGGAGCCUCCUGUUUCCAGUCUGGAGGUACGCUUCACUCCUCAUGCUGAGAGGGAGCUAGCAGAAUUCCUUCCUGCACAUAUAUCAGGACCCUUUGAAAGUGUGAGACCCAGGUUCAAGUUUCUGCGCAGUCCAGAAGAGGCUGCUGCUGCCAUCAGAGGGGUUCUGUCAGCAGACCCACGCUCUGUGUACAGGAGGACACGCUGCAGGGACAGACUCUUCUUUUUCACCCUGGACACAGCUGACAUCACCUGCUGGUUUGGACAGGACUUUGCUGAGGUCCUGCAGGUCCGACCUGUCGAGAGCCAGAUUGCCUCCAUAUAAGAAAUCACGUCACAGGAUUCACAAGUCUGUAAAUUCUCCUCCACCUCAACAUUUCCAGGUUAUUUUACAACAGAUAUGUAUUUCAGUUGUUCAGAUUCUGUAUAGGUUGAUCAAAUAAAAGAAAACAUUACU